AUGGCAGCCCAGUCGAAGAUGCUGUACCAGAUGAACAAAUACUAUGGCGAGCGCGUGCAGGCUCGCAUGGGCCAGGUACAGAAAACCAUCCGGGAAGUGUGCAAGGUGGUGCAGGAGGUUCUGAAGGAGGUGGAGGUUCAAGAGCCGCGGUUCAUCUCUUCCCUGACCGAGUGCAACGGCCGCUACGAGGGACUCGAGGUGAUCUCGCCCGGCGAGUUCGAGGUGGUCCUCUACCUGAACCAGAUGGGUGUGUUCAACUUCGUGGACGACGGCAGCCUGCCAGGUUGCGCGGUGUUGAAGCUCAGCGACGGACGAAAAAGGUCCAUGUCCCUCUGGGUGGAGUUCAUCACCGCCUCUGGCUACCUGUCCGCGAGGAAGAUCCGCUCGCGGUUUCAAACGCUGGUGGCGCAGGCUUGCGACAAGUGCGCCUACAGGGACUCGGUGAAGAUGAUCGCAGACACGACGGAGGUGAAACUCCGUAUCAGAGAGCGAUACGUGGUGCAGAUCACGCCGGCGUUCAAAUGUUCCGGCGUUUGGCCGAGAUCGGCGGCACACUGGCCGAUCCCUCACAUACCGUGGCCGCAUCCGAACCUCGUGGCCGAGGUGAAGACCGAAGGGUUCGAUCUGUUGUCGAAGGAGAGCGUGGCGCUUCAGGGGAAACAGUCGGCGAUGGAGGGUGACGCGUGGGUUCUCUCUUUCACGGAGGCGGAGACGAGAUUGCUGCAAGGCGGCUGUCGUAGACGGUGUCUGAGCAUCCUGAAGACUCUGAGGGACAGACACCUGGAUCUGCCGGGCAAUCCGGUGACCAGCUAUCACAUGAAGACGUUGCUGCUCUACGAGUGCGAGAAGCAUCCCCUGGAGACCGAGUGGGACGAGGGGUGCAUAGCGGACCGCAUAAACGGCAUAUUCCUGCAGUUGAUAUCCUGCCUUCAGUGUCGAAGAUGCCCUCACUACUUCCUGCCGAAUCUGGACCUGUUCAAAGGGAAGUCGCCCAGUGGCUUGGAGAACGCGGCCAAGCAAGUGUGGAGACUCACCAGAGAGUUGCUCACCAACAGCCGCUUCAGGCCGCCUACGACGACGAUGCUGUUGCCGGCGGAUAUGCUGGCGGCACAGUCCAAGAUGGUGUACCAGAUCAACAAGUAUUUCGGGGAACGCGUGAUGACGAGGAAGAGCCAGGUGAUGAAAACGAUCCAGGAGGUGUGCCGCGUGGUUCAAGACGUGUUGAAGGAGGUCGAGGUGCAAGAGCCGAGGUUCAUCUCGUCCCUGACCGACUACAACGGCCGCUUCGACGGCCUGGACGUGAUCUCGCCGACGGAGUUCGAGAUCGUCAUCUACCUGAAUCAAAUGGGGGUACUGAACUUCGUGGACGACGGCACAUUGCCCGGUUGCGCGGUGUUGAAGCUCAGCGACGGCCGCAAGCGGUCCAUGUCACUCUGGGUGGAGUUCAUCACCGCGUCCGGCUACCUAUCCGCCCGAAAAAUCCGCUCGCGGUUCCAGACGCUGGUGGCGCAGGCGUGCGACAAGUGCGCCUACAGGGACUCGGUGAAGAUGAUCGCGGACACGACGGAGGUGAAACUCCGUAUCAGAGAGCGAUACGUCGUGCAGAUCACGCCGGCGUUCAAAUGCGCUGGCCUCUGGCCGAGAUCGGCCUCCCACUGGCCGAUCGCGCACAUACCCUGGCCGCAUCCGAACAUCGUGGCCGAGGUGAAGACCGAAGGCUUCGACAUGCUGUCGAAGGAGUGCAUCGGCCUGCAGGGCAAGCAAUCGGCGAUGGAGGGCGACGCCUGGGCGUUAUCCUUCAUAGACGCGGAGAAUCGUCUGCUCCAGGGUGGCAGUCGGAAGCGUUGCCUCAGCAUAUUGAAAACCCUGAGGGACAGACACCUCGAUCUACCCGGGAACCCGGUCACCAGCUACCACAUGAAAACCCUGUUGCUGUACGAGUGCGAGAAACACCCGCACGAAGCGGAAUGGGACGAGAUCUGCAUAGCGGAUCGGAUCAACGGGAUCCUUCUGCAGCUGAUCUCUUGUCUGCAGUGUCGCAGGUGUCCGCACUAUUUCUUGCCGAACUUGGACCUGUUCAAGGGCAAGUCGCCCAGCGGCUUGGAGAACGCGGCCAAGCAAGUGUGGAGACUCACCAGGGAGUUGUUGACCAAUAGCCGUGCUCUGGAAAAGCUGUAG